UGGAGCCCAUAUGCCACCCUGAUCUCACCGUCCUCGGCACCCUUGGCUUCACGAAUAUCUGUUCCUCCCGAAUCCAAGAAGGCCCCUGCGACUCUUCAGCCCCCACAUCUACAUACUUUGUCCUUAGAUGCCCAGGAGAAAGCCAUCAUAGAUGACCUCCUAUUCGUACUCAUGGGCUUCGAAGGCCAAUAUGUACGAUACAUGGACCAAUACAACCCACUGGACGAGAAGAGUAAAUUGGCUGGUCCGCUUUUCCACAUUCAGCCAGGUCUUGAUCCCAGUCUGAGAGAUCUUGCUAACAGCAUGCUCAAGACUGCGACCCAUUACUGCGCUGUGGAGGCUUUUGUGGAAGUGCAAAGCCGAGAAGAGAUGGGUACUGUGAAUCAUGCUCUUUGUGCUGCGAUGCGAAAACUACUCAAGGACUAUAUGAUCUUGAUCGCCCAGCUGGAGCAUCAGAUGCUGACCAAUGACGGCUUCACACUGCACCAGUUCAACCUGCAUACCAAGCAGACGGCACACAUGAUGUUACAGCUGUACAUUGUGGCUCAUGAAAUUUUGAAGGAAAAUAGCAUGCUCGACAACGAGGACAUGGACGAGUCUGACGACUUUGAGAACAUUUUGGAGUCCUUGAAAGAGGGCAAGGAUGCACAGCUUCCAGGAAAGAAAGUGUGCAAAGGCGGCUCAGUACUUCGCUUGCUUGCCAAGCGAUUGUCGGCGAUGGCUGGUGAUCCUCCAGCUCGACAGCUAUUGACGAUGCUACUGCAAGAAGCGAGUCGCCCCUACAUGGCGAUGCUGAACGAGUGGCUGCACCACGGCAAUGUUCGAGAUCCACACCAGGAAUUUUUGAUUAAAGAGCAAAAGUCGAUCCGGAGAGAGGGACUCGAACAGGACUACACCGACGAAUAUUGGGAGAAGCGAUACACAAUACGACAGGAGCUGGUUCCGCCACAGCUAGAGUCGCUAAAGGACAAGGUCCUCUUAGCCGGCAAAUAUCUCAAUGUUGUUCGCGAGUGCGGAGGGAUCGAAAACAUGCUCGGCGAUCUCCAUUCAAACACCAACUUACCACAUACCUUUGAUGACCCCAAGUUUAACGAAAAUGUGAGCCGCGCAUACUCCAAUGCCAAUCAGAGCCUCAUGAAGCUGCUCGUAAGGACACAUGGCCUGCCGUCAAGGUUGCGAAGCCUAAAGCACUACUUCUUUCUGGACCGCAGCGAUUUCUUUGCAUACUUUCUGGAGUUGACACAUCUCGAGCUCAGGAAACCCGCAAAGACUGUCAAUGUGGGCAAGCUGCAAACACUCCUUGACACCGUUCUGCGACAACCAGGAUCCGUGGCAGCUGAAGAUCCUUUCAAGGAGGAUAUCAAAGUCGUCAUGAAUGAUGUUGGCCUGACCGGGUGGCUCAUGCGCGUGGUUAAUGUCCAAGGCAUGGAUGCGGAUGCGACAUCUCUCUCGACAUAUACGCCUGCUGCAGAGGCCUCAAAAGAUGAGAAAGAGAUUUCUGGUUAUGAAGCACUGACAUUCGACUACGCCGUGCCUUUCCCUCUAUCUCUGGUCGUUAGUAGGGUGACGCUUACCAGAUAUCAACUUCUCUUCCGCUACCUCCUGAGUCUGAGACAUCUGGAAACACUGCUCACCAACUCCUGGACGGAGCACACCAAAGUCAAAUCUUGGAAUCACAAAUCACGAUCAGAUGCUGCUGUGGGCAGGAGAAUUGAGAACUGGAAGCGUAGGGCCUGGUGCUUGAGGAGUCGAAUGCUCUGCUUUGUGCAGCAACUGCUGUACUUCUGCACAAGCGAGGUCAUCGAGCCGAAUUGGCUGGCUUUCAUGGAACGGCUAGCGCAUGCAGAGAAAGAUGACAAUCCGACUUCCGCAGACAGUGUUGAUUCUAACGUCAAGAGGACCGUGGACGAGUUGAUGCAGGAUCACAUCGACAUGCUUGCAACGUGUCUCAAGGAAUGCAUGUUGACCAACUCGAAGCUGUUGAGAAUCAAUUCGAAAGUCAUGUCGACGUGUACAUUGUUCGCCAACUACACCGCCUCUUUAAGUCGUUACCUGGCUGGCGCAGACCCCGACCUAGCCUCUUCACCUGCUCUAAACGCAAGCCCCAGCUCGAGCAGAACCGCGAACGACCCAGCCAAGCUUGACAAGCUAUUUUCUAUCCUACAGCAAUACGAGGACCACUUCAGUCGACAUCUCAAGAUUUUGCUCGAUGCGCUCAAUUAUCUCGCCGCAACGGAGACAGUCGUCUUUCUCGGCCUUUGCGCAAGACUCAGCAUGGCCAAUGAAGGU